UAAACCCUCAAAUCUGGUGGUGAAACAGCUGGAAAAGUGGAAGAAGUUGGUAAUGUGCUAGUUCCUGAUGGAAUAAACAGUCACGAUGCUGAAACAAGACGAAGAAGAGUCGUGUGAGGAUGUUUGAAAGAAUUUAGUAAACUGUUACAGCAUCAGAUGAUAGUCUCUCUCGAGGAAAAAAAACAUCGACUCUGAGAUUUCUUCUUAAUAUUUUCAAGAAUAUACCCAUUAUUUGGUCAAUCUAUAAGGACAUUUAGGAAAUCAUGGGAAGUUUUAAAGGCCAUGCAUUGCCUGGAUGUUUCUUCCUGAUCACAGGCCUGUGGUGGGCUGCAAAGCAGACAUUUUUGUUCACCACCCGCAGGAAUAAAAGUGCUGGUGCGGGCAGACUUGCAUCUCGAGCUAUCCAACGCCGCAUAGAAAUCAUAGAAGGAGCUGUCAUUUUAUCAUUUUCUAUUAUAGGUAUGUUAGCAGAGCAGUUUUUAGCAGGUGGUCCCAAAUUUCAGCUAUAUGAUUCUUCCACUCAGCACUGGGAGCAGCUGAUGAACUGGCAGCACACCACCAUGUACCUGUUCUUUGCCAUCGCAGGGGCCAUAUCUCUCACUGUCCACAGCACAGACAUCGCCCCACUGGCCUUAGACCGGAUGCUGCUGGGUCUUGCUUUCUUUAAUGAGGGAUUUCU